AUGGCGACUCUCAUUUGGCAACGCGACGUUGCCGACGUCAAGGCCACCUUCACUUCAUGGGACAAGUGCAUGGCCAAAACAUACUGCAAAUGGCCGGUCAUUGCAGCUAUAAUCGUAGUCGCCCUCGUCCUUAUCUCUGUCCUCAUCUGUCUUGGCAGGUGUAUAUGCUGUGGAGCGGAGUGCGCCUGCUGCUGCUUUCGGUGCUGUGGAGGAUGCUGUGGCGGGGGUGGUCGAAAAGGACACAAGAAGAUGAAUUCUGCCUCUGCGCCGCCGCCAUUGCCUGGAGGAUACCAGCCAGCGUUCCCUUCUACGCCCGUGAACUCGCAGUAUCGAGCACACAACACGCCCGCCUUCGAAAAACCACAAUUCGCUACUUUUGAGAGCUCGAGCAAACCGGUCAACGAAGAUGCUCUACCUCCCAUGCCGAGCUGGAGUGAUGCGACGAGCAGGAAGGUCGAGGAGGAGAUUGUCCCCGAGAAACCAGGCGAUGUUGAACUACACAAUCUGGAACAUAAAGCAGGUGCUUCGGAUUCUAUGCUAGCUGGAGCUGCUGGUACGCCUCUACGGUCUCCGGGGAGAUCGCCUGUCCCUCAGUCGCCCUACCACGCUGAAUCGGCUUACUCUCCACCCUCCCAGCAGUAUGGUGGAUUUGCUGGCCGACCUUCGCAACCCGGUCUUAGGAGUCAGGACUCGUUCCGUUCUGGGCAGCAAAAUGGUGUUGUGGAUCAGUACGGCAAUCAGCAACCAGGAUACGGAAACAGACUCAACUCUCCCGCACCAGGUGCUCCCGCUUACGACCCGAUUCAUCAAUAUGAGCGUGAUUCUCCGAGACUGGGUGGUCAAGGUCAGGAAUACGGACGGGGUUCUCCACGACCAGGCGGACAGAACAAUGAAUUCGGGCGCAAUUCUCCACGGCCCGCUGGACAGAACAAUGAGUUUGGACGGAGCUCCCCGAGACCAGUAAUGGGUGGAGCAGCGAACUUCAAUAACGGACCAUCACCCACACAGAAUCGUGGAUACGGUCCUCCAUCUCUCGCCAUUGGUCGAGUCAAUAGCCCUCUGGCGCCCAACCAGGUGUAUGAUGCACCACAACUCGCGCCUGGCCGAGUCAACAGCCCACUAGCAACACACCAAGCAUACGACGCACCACGAGUAGCUCCUGGCAGAGUCAAUAGUCCAAUGGUAACCCAUCAAGGAUAUGAUGCGCCACAGGCAAUACCUGCCCGAGUAAACAGUCCCUACCAACCAUACGACGCACCACAAGCAGUAUCACUGUACCACCACGACCAAAACAACUACACCGCACCCGAGCCUUACCAUGAGCUGGACACCAGCUAUACAGCUCCAAAGCCUUACGCCGAGUUAGCCGCUAACUACACAGCUCCAAAGCCGUACGCGGAGCUAGCUACAGGCUACAAUGCCCCUCCACAAGCCCCUUCAGAGUUAUCACAAGGAUAUGCCCCGUCAGGAUCCACUCGUUUCGAAGCCCCAAGCGAGUACCAAAACAACUACCAGCAGCCCCAAGAACUAGAUUCUGGGAGCUGGCCGAUGCAGCCACAACAACAACAGCAGCAUAACGGACAUGGCGGUCGGAACUAUUAA